AUGGAUAACUACGAUUUUAGGGGCAUUGAAUCUUUCUUAGAGAUGAGCAAUGAUGCUUAUUCUGAGCUUCCUCAGCACAGUGCCUUCAAUGCAUACGUACAGCAACUCCAUUCAAACACAAACACAGUAGCAGAAUCCUCUCAGACUCUGCACAAAAAAUGUUUCAGAUUUCUGAGGAAAAUCGAUGAAGAUAGAAAGUUAGCUGAGAUCCAAAGAUCCCUAAGAGUUGAUGCAGAAAACAGAAAUCAAGCCAAAACAGCAUUUCACCACUUGAUUACAGAGCGCAAUAGGAGAGCCAGAUUGAAUGAGCAUUUCCAGAAUCUUCACUCUCUUCUUCCACGAAAUUGCAAGAAAGAUAGGAUUUCAAUAUUGUCGAAUGCCACAAGUUAUCUGAGGGAACUGAAACUUCGCGUUUGUGAGCUGGAACAACAGAAUGAAAGUACCCAUGACGAUUCGACUACGAGGAAUUUCUCAAAUAGUGGAGAAGGAAGUGGCGGGUUUGAAUCGCAGCAGAAGAGUUUCAUUUCAGAGAGCCCAUUACUUUACCGUAGCGAUGAUGUGGUGUUGGAGCGAUGCAAGGAUUUCCCCAGCUGCCAUGUUAAGAUUAUGAUCGAUGUGCAGAGAAUUAGGGUUUCAUGCCCACCAACUCUUCUUCUAAAGGUGAUAGCUCUUUUGAGUUCAGAGCAAUUGGAGAUCCUUUCGCUUUCACAUGAAAAGGGAUUUGGAUUUCAGGCUAUUUUUCUUGUACUCCCGAAGGGUGAGGACUGGAAUAUUUCCCACUGGCAAACUUUGGGGGAUUUAAUCAGUCAGACUCUCAACUGA